AUGUCCGAGCCAGACAAACUCGUUCAGGCCGAGAAGCUUGCCCGUGAGGACACUUCUGUGGGCACUGAACAGGCCGAACAUGUAAAGACGGAAGGGGGGCACCCUAUUGUCGAUGCCGAACCCCUCUCACCGGAAAACCUCAAUGUUAUGUUUGAGAACCCCUUGGCAAAUAUUCCUCGUGAGCAGCUGUUGCAGGACGUCGAGGAUUUCUGCCAGAAAUACAACCUGAUGGACCAUAUCGAGGAUUUCCGGAAGGGAGCACUGGUCUCUCAGAAUCCAGCUGCCGCUAUGGAUCUCACCGAGCUGACUGAUGAGGAAAAGAAUGUCCUUCUCAGAGAGCAUACCCAUAAGUGGCAUCAGCCGUGGGAGUUGUAUUGGCUCGUUGUCAUGUGUUCGAUGGCAGCCGCUGUACAAGGCAUGGACGAGACGGUGAAUAACGGUGCCCAAACCAUUUACCUAGAGAACUUGGGAAUAUCCACCAGAUUUACGGGGAACCAAUUGAAUGAUAUCACUGGACUAAUUGUCGGUGCCCCUUACCUUUGCUGCGCCAUCCUGGGCUGCUGGCUUACCGAGCCAAUGAAUCGUUACUUCGCUCGACGCGGUACCAUCUUCAUCUCUUGCUUCUUUGCCGCCGUAGCUUCUAUCUGGCAAGGCGUGGCUAAUUCAUGGGUAAACCUUUUCAUUGCGCGUUUUGUGCUGGGCCUGGGAAUCGGACCGAAAUCAUCAACCGUUCCUGUGUAUGCCGCGGAGUGCGCUCCGGCACCUAUUCGAGGCGCCUUGGUUAUGAUGUGGCAGAUGUGGACUGCGUUUGGCAUCAUGCUGGGCAAUAUCAUGGGUGUUGCAUUUAUGGGUGUUUCCAAAGACCUGUCCUGGCGUCUCAUGCUUGGCUCUACCGUGGUCCUUCCUAUUAUUGUUUGCGCCCAAGUAUACUUCUGUCCAGAGUCUCCUCGAUGGCUGAUCCAGCAUAACAAGGUUGAGAAGGCUUUCAGAUCGUUUCGCAAGCUCCGGUCUAGUGAUAUCCAAGCCGCCCGAGACCUCUACUACGCCUACGUUCUUGUCCAGAUUGAGCGCAAGGUCAACAAAGGAAAGAAUUUCUUCACCAUGUUCCUCGAACUUUUCACCAUUGGCCGCAACAGACGAGCUACCAUUGGUAGUUGGAUUGUUAUGUUCAUGCAACAGUUCUGUGGUGUCAACGUGAUCGCCUACUAUUCGACCACCAUCUUCACGGAAUCCGGUUACUCCAUCCAAUCCGCACUGCUGGCUUCGAUGGGCACUGGAAUCUUGAACUGGGUCUUUGCCCUCCCCGCCAUGCUCACAAUCGACACAUUCGGUCGGCGCAACCUCCUCCUUACCACUUUCCCGUUCUUGGCAAUCUGUCUGCUUUGGACAGGCUUUUCGUUCUGGAUUGAACCAGAGGUUGUGGAUAGCACGAAACGUGUGGCCAUGGUCACGACAGGAAUGUAUCUUUUCGAGGUAUUCUACUCACCGGGAGAAGGGCCCGUUCCGUUUACCUACUCCGCCGAGGCAUUCCCGCUGCAUGUGCGAGAAGUCGGCAUGUCUUGGGCAACAGCGACAUGUUGGUGUUUCAAUUUUAUCUUGUCGUUCACGUGGCCCUCGCUUGUGGCGAGCUUCAAGCCACAGGGUGCCUUUGGAUGGUAUGCUGCUUGGUGUUUAAUAGGAUGGGUCCUUGUUUUGCUAUUUUUACCUGAGACCAAGGCCCUUACCCUAGAAGAGUUGGACCAAGUCUUCUCCGUUCCAACUUGGAAACACGCCUCGUAUCAAAUGAAGAAUGCGAUCUGGCAUUUCCGUACCUGGGUAUUAUUUCAAAAACUGGAGCCAUUGCCUCCAUUUUACCAAGGUAUCGAGAGGCUCAACGAGUCUUGA